AUGGAUGAAGAUUUGUAUGAUGAGUUUGGUAAUCUAAUUGGUCAAGACGCCUUCGAUUCUGAUUCAGCUUCUGAUCUUGAAGAGACAGAAAGACAUUUUAAUCAAUCACAAGAGUCUUCUGAUAAGGAAUUUGAUGAUGAUGGUAACUAUCUCGAUAAUGAAAUAGAAAAUUCAAAAGCUUUAGUUUCAGGUGCUCUAGGCACAGUGUACGACAGUGACGUCGAAGUUCUAUCAGAAUCCGAAGAUAGACAAUCUAAGGAUCAACCAAUUGUUGAACCAAUAAAUGACGUAAAUGCUCACCUGAAGCAUUUAGUAUACACUAGAUCAAACAAUGAUAUACCUAAAAUGCGGUACGAUCCUGAAUACUUCCUUGGAACCUUACAUGCACCCGAAAGAGUUAGAAACAUUUCAGUAGUUGGACCAUUGCAUUCUGGUAAAACUUCUUUAGUAGAUUUAUUAGUGCUUGAUGCAUUUAAAAAAAUACCGAAUAUGAGUAAGAAUGUUAAGUUAGGAUGGAAACCAUUAAAAUAUACUGAUAAUACAAAAUUGGAAAUUGAUAGGGGGAUUUCUACAAAACUGAAUGGUAUUUCUUUCUUAGCUACAGAUCUAAACGAUAAAUCUUUUGCUUUAAAUAUUUUAGAUACUCCUGGGCAUGUCGAUUUUAUUGAUGAAAUGGCAGUGGGGAUAUCAGCAUGUGAUCUUGCAAUUAUUUGUAUAGAUGCGGUUGAAGGAUUUACUUCAAUAGUUGCUAAAUUAUUUGAUGAGUGUAAAAAUAGAAGAAAAAUGGGAGUUUUAUUUGUUAUCAAUAAAAUUGACAGAUUAAUACUAGAAAUGAGAUUACCGCCUAAUGAGGCUUAUUUAAAAAUGAAGCAAAUUGUUGACGAAAUCAAUGAGAUGUCAACCGAUAUAGAAUAUUGCCCUACAAAGAAUAAUGUAUUAUUUGCAUCAACUAAAUUAGGUUUCACAUUUUCAAUAAAAGAAUUUGUCCAGUAUUAUUAUUCAUCAAAGCUACCGGCUGAAAAAUCACAAGGAUUUUGUCAAAGACUAUGGGGAGAUAUAUAUUUUGAAAAAGGUAAGUUUAGUUCCCGAAGAAAUAAUUCUAAAACUCCAACUUUUGUAGAAUUUAUUCUUAUACCACUGUAUAAAAUAUUUACCAAUACCUUGGCAAAUGAAAGGUCAACUUUAGCAUCACUUAUGAAAUCUAACUUCAACAUUCAUCUAGGUGAAUCUGAUUUAACACUUGAUCCACAACCAUUAUUGAGAAAUAUCCUUCGACAAAUAUUCCGCUCACAACAAGGAUUAGUUGAUAGUUUGGUAAAUUUUGAUAACAACUUAAUCAUUGAUAAUAAACUUAAUUUAUCCAUUACACAUAAAAUUAAUAAAACUGAAACUGCUUUAUUGGCGCAUGCACUAAAAAAUAUUGAUUACGGUGGAGAAGAGUGGAGCUUGGUACGUAUAUACCGUGGUUCGAUUACUAAAGGUAUGAAAAUCCGUGUAACGGAUUCUAGUAUGGUCCCAACUAAUCAUAAUGACUUUGCUACGAAUAAUAACCUGCAGAAACAAGAAUUUGAUACUGAAAGCAUACUUGAUGAAUCUACAGAAUCUGUAGUUACAGAUAUUGUAUUACUGGGUGGAAGGUUUACUACGCCAGUCUCUGAGGCUUUUGAAAACCAAAUCGUUCUAAUUAAAGGCAUUUACUCGUCAUUCAUUAAAUCUGCCACAAUAACAAGUGUGCAAGAAAUUAGGAUUCCGUUAUUUUUCCCAAUAAAUUACAUAAGUGAUUCUGUGUUUAAAGUUGUUAUUGAACCAUAUAAUCCAAAAGAACUUCCGAAAUUAUUAGAUGGUUUAAAUAAGGUAUCCAAGUAUUAUCCCGGUAUUAAAAUUAAAAUAGAAGAGUCUGGUGAACAUAUUAUAGUAGGUAAUGGUGAAUUGUACUUAGAUUGCGUCUUAUAUGAUUUAAGAAAUAAUUAUGCCAAUAUGGAAAUCAAAAUAUCUAUGCCUUUAACUAUAUUUUCAGAAAGCUGCUCAUCUGAAUCAUUUGCAUCUAUACCAGUGAAAUCAUCAAAUAAUAUGAUCGAGAUUAGUAUUGGUGUUGAACCCUUGCCAUUAAAUUUAAUUAAAGAUUUAAGUGAGAAUAACAUUUCAGACGAAGAGUUAAAUUCCAAUAAGAGACAAAUGUCGAAACUUUUGAGAACCAAAUACGAUUGGGACUCUCUAGAGGCAAGAAAUGUUUGGACUUUUAAUAAUUGUAAUGCAUUUAUUGAUGAUACAUUAGAGGAUGAAACAGAUAAAGAUAAGAUCAAUACGUAUAAGAAACAAAUAAUACAGGGGUUUCAUUGGGCUAUAAGAGAAGGACCUUUGGCAGAAGAACCUAUUUAUGGUGUUAAAUUUAAGCUAUUAAAAUUGAUGAUAGAUGAUGAAAGUCAAGAUACAGCCCUUAUCUCUACCCAAAUUAUUCCAUUAAUUCGUAAAGCAUGUUAUGUUGGUCUAUUGACUGGUAAACCAACCGUAUUAGAACCGAUUUAUGAAGUUCAAGUUAUUACAAAGAGUAAUCUAAUACCCAUUGUUGAAGAAGUAAUUAGAAAAAGACGUGGUGGCCGUAUAUACCGUAACAAUAACAUUGGUGGAUCACCAUUGAGUGAAAUUAAGGCUCAAAUCCCUGUCAUCGAUUCAAUUGGAUUUGAAGUUGACCUAAGGUUGGCUACAAGAGGUGGAGCAAUGUGUCAGUUGCAUUUCUGGAAUAAAAUUUGGAGGGAAGUUCCAGGGAAUGUUAUGGAUAAAGACGCACCAAUACCGAAAUUGAAGCCUGCCCCAUAUAAUAGUCUUGCUCGUGAUUUUGUUAUGAAGACAAGAAGACGUAAAGGAUUAACUAAUGGUGGGUUUAUGAGUAAUGAUGGACCAACAUUAGAAUCAUAUAUUGCUAGCGAUCUCUAUGAGCAAUUAGUAGAGGGUGAAUUAGUAUAA